AUGGACGAGCCCUCUGUCCCGAAUAGUUCCUCUUCUUUAAUUCCGGAACCAAGUACCCCUAGGGCCCCUUCUCGCCAGCCCCAGGACCUUCCUACAGCCCGUAAACCUUAUCAAACUCAACUAAAUCAGGUUCAUAAUUGUGAUGAUGGUGAUGACAAUGACAAUGACAAUGAUAGCACAGCCGCCCGCUCACAGCCGCCCGCAUCCCUAAAACCUCCUCUAUCGGUUGAUACCAGUCGUGAACGCCAGUGUACCUCAAGUCCGAACACAGGAGUUCCAUCCUUAGCAGCAUCUUCACAAUCUUCCCCUCCCAAACUCGCUCGGUCAUCCUCAUUUCGUGCUCUGGUUCUCCCUCAAUCUCCACUUGAAAAUGACCGGUUCGGAUACAUACUAGGCCGCUCUUUUUCAUCCUCUACGGGUCAAAAUUGCUUUCCUUCGAAUUCGUCUAUGACGUCCCUUCGAACUUUUAGCUGCACGCCAACGACGGAGAACCUAGCUCGUAGGAUGGCCCAUUCUAGCACUUCAAACCAUUCAAACAACCCUUCAAUUUCGUCGCCCGACACUGAAACCUAUUCCCAGCCAAUGCUACCCUCUCAGCACCCCACACCCAGUGGGGAUGGGCCGUCUGAGAACCAAAAUCAAGGUUUUGAUGCCCAAAAUUCACCGACAGCGUCAUUCACAACGAAUCCGAGCACACAGUCUUUGAGCGCUACUCGCGAAGAUGGGGCGACAACGAAGGCAGAUUUGGUAUCUUAUUUACCUAAGAUACCAGUAGCAUCAACGACGGCUUCUGAGGAGGAAAGAGUUGCGAAAUGGGGCCCCAAAAUUGGCCCACCAACCAGCGGGGAUGAACACAAAAACCCCUACAACUACGAGGUUCUAGAUACAUAUUACGAACAGGCUGACCACCCAAUGUUUAAUGUGGCGGAGAGCACCCGCCGUGCCGGUAUUUCCGCCGCAUAA